AAAGGAAAAUCUAUCAAUCACAAUGUACACAAGUGACCUUCAAGUGCUCAGCCUCUCCGUAAGCCAUUUGUGCCGCUCUCUUCUGUCACUACACACAAAUAUGAUCGUAGGAUGAUAUUUGUAACAACUGGAUCGCUUUUAGCUUUUGGAUUGUUCUUCUUCUUUAAGGGUUUGCGUAGGUAUUUUCGCUUUGAGGUUGAUAAGAACUCUGAACAUUAUGGAGGGGAACUAGUUGCAGAUGUAUUGAAGGCACACAAUGUACCGUUUAUUUUCACACUCAUUGGAGGUCAUAUAUCACCAAUACUAACAGCAGCUGAAAAGCAAGAUAUACGAGUGAUAGAUGUAAGGCAUGAAGCUUCAGCUGUUUUCGCCGCUGAUGCUGUCUCAAGGCUAUCUGGUUCAGUUGGUGUAGCUGUUGUUACUGCAGGACCUGGUCUUACAAACACUGUGACAGCAGUGAAAAAUGCACAGAUGGCUGAGUCUCCUGUGGUUUUGUUAGCUGGGGCCGCCUCCGGUCUUUUGCGUGGUCGUGGAUCUCUUCAAGAUAUUGAUCAGCUAACUCUGUUUCGUCCACUUUGUAAACUGUGCAAACGUGUUAAGGCUGUCAAAGACAUUAUUCCUGUUCUUUGUGAGGCAUUUUGUGUUGCUCAAUCAGAUACUCCUGGACCAGUUUUAGUUGAAUUACCAAUCGACAUAUUAUAUCCAUAUAAACUUGUUGAAAAGCAUACUCAGAUAUCUAAGAAACCGAAUUCCAUAAGACAAAAAAUUACGAAUUGGUACCUACAGUUUUACUUGCUAGAGUUAUUCGCCGCUGGUUUCACAUCAAAAUCAGAAUCUCCAGAUUCCGGAAGUCUUACUUCCAUUGAAGUUAAACCACCAAAAAUUCCUCUUCCUACGAAAAGACAGAUCAAUAAAUUAGUAAAGCUUAUCAAGGAUUCUGAGAAACCAAUACUGUUAAUUGGAAGUCAGGCUGUUUUACCUCCAGUCUCGGCUAAGGAAACUGCUGCUAAUGUUAAUAGCUUACGUAUACCUGCUUACAUGUCUGGUAUGGCUCGUGGUCUUCUUGGUCGCGACAGUAAACUUGCAUUUCGUCAUGCGCGUCGUACUGCUCUACGUGAAGCUGAUUUGAUUAUUUUAGCAGGUGCAAUUUGUGAUUUUCGUCUAGACUAUGGUCGUGUGUUAAAUCGUAAAGCUAAAAUUGUUAUCAUCAAUCGAAACAGAAAGAAUAUUGAACUUAAUUCUGACUACUUUUGGAGACCGUAUUUAACCAUUCAAGCUGAUGUGGGUACAACACUGAAAAAUUUAUCUAUUGAGCUUAGUGAUCAAAGAGUUUCGACUGAUAAUAGUUUCACCGGAUGGAUAGAAGUUUUAAGAUCACGUGAAGAAAAGCGUGAUGAAGAAAUUAGGUUGAGUUGUCAAGUAGAAGGUGGGGAACAUACCAAUCCCCUUACAGUCCUCUGGAAAUUAGAAAACUAUGGUUUACCAACAGAUCUUUCUGAGGAUAGUAUUAUUAUUGCUGAUGGUGGUGAUUUUGUUGGUUCUGCUUCGUAUAUUGUACGCCCAAGACAACCGUUAUCUUGGUUAGAUCCAGGUCCAUUUGGAACAUUAGGAGUUGGUGGAGGAUUUGCUUUAGGAGCGAAAUUAUGCCGACCAGAUGCAACUGUGUGGGUGAUUUAUGGUGAUGGUUCCUGUGCUUAUAGUUUAGCUGAAUGGGAUUCUUUAGCACGUCAUCGCGCUCCUGCUAUUGGCAUUAUUGGUAAUGAUGCUUGUUGGUCACAGAUUGCUCGUGAUCAAGUCGCUUUCUUUCAGUCUAAAGUUGGAUGUCAGUUGAAUUACACACCAUAUGAAGUAGUUGGAUCAGCUUAUAGUAGAAGUGUUACCAGUGGUUCAAACAGCAAUAACAACCAUAAUAAUAAUAUCAUUGCCAAAGAUGAUAUUCCAGUCAAUGGUUUUUUAGUUGAUAAACCUCAAUUGGAACAGAUCAAUCAUAUAUUUGAUCAAGUUAAACGGUUGUCUAAUAGAGGGAUACCGUCUAUUAUAAACUGUCUCAUUUCAGCCAGUAGCUUUAGAGAAGGCAGUUUAGCUGUUUAACACCUUUUUUUUCUUUUUCCAUAUGUAUUAUAAUUCGUCACAUUUUUCCCUGUAUAACUUUGUGUAAUGAUGAAAUCUUAAAGUAUAUAAUUUUUUUAUAAGUGUUAUAUCAAUUUCUCUGAUAAAUAAGUGAACAUAAAUCUCUCUGGUUUCAUAAUACACAUUCAUCCAAUCACUGAACUUUGUUAAUGAUGAUAAAUCUCGCAUUGGUGUUACCUUGCUUGGCACUUUAACUCCUAUCCUUGAGUUCAUAAACUACCAACUUAACUACAAAAAAAAAAUGAUGUGAAUGCAACUUAGAUAAAGUGCAACUCGUAUAAAUUGGUAAUAUCAUGCGGAAGCAAGUUAAAAGUGUGCUAAUUCAGUGCAGUGUAAUCGUUGUUCAGUCUUUAUAUGUGUACAGUGAAUAAAUCUUUGUGUUCGAUGGAUAUUUUUUGUUUUUAUAACCAUAAACUUCUUUAUGAAACUUUCCGUUAUUAUAGUACUUAAGUAUGAAUAUGAGUAAUUGUGGGAAUGGUAUUCUUGCGUUAGACAAGAUUGGUAAAGUUGUGGUGAAAAG